AUGCAGGGCAGACUGCGACCACCGAGCUGGACGAGAGCACUACGCAGGAUCACAUCCACCGCCCAGGGAGACGCACCAGCAACAUACCAGUCCAAACGAUACUCGCCCACAACCAAGCUCGACCAGAACCAACGAAACACCCCCGCGGACGCCGAAGCGGGCGAAGGACACGUGUCGGUCCUCGUACGCGCCGGCUUCAUCAGGCAGAGCUCCAGCGGGAUAUGGAGCUUCCUGCCCAACGGACUCAGGGUGCUCAACAAGAUCCAGGCUAUCAUCUCCCACGAAAUGCAGCGAAUCGGCGCGAGUGAGAUCUCAAUGCCUCUCUUACAGUCCCAAAAGCUAUGGGAUCGCUCCGGAAGAUCGAACCAAGCCGGACCCGAGCUGUUCCGCCUCAAGGAUCGAAAGGGCUCCCCACUACUGCUCUCGCCGACCCACGAAGAGGAGGUGACGAACUUGGUCAAGACAGACAUCCAAUCGGGGAAGCAACUGCCGAUCAAAUUAUUCCAUAUUGGGAGGAAGUUCCGCGACGAAGCCCGUCCACGAGCUGGACUGUUGAGAUCGCGAGAGUUCAUCAUGAAAGAUCUCUACACCUUCGACGCCGACGUUCCAGCUGCCAUGGCGUCUUACAAACAAGUUCAGGAGGCCUACCGGAGGAUUUUCGAGACGAUCGGGAUCCCGUUCACCGUCGCCGAAGCUGAUAGUGGAGCUAUCGGAGGUGCGACGUCCCACGAGUACCAUUAUAAGUCGUCGUCAGGAGAAGACAGUUUAAUCCACUGUACCCAAUGUUCAUACACCGCGAAUCUGGAACUAGCACGGUCGACACUAUCACCGCGGGUAGACGACCCCAGCCAGCUGCAAGUCCAGUUCUUCUCAUCCCCAGGCACGCGGCGGUUCCUCGCGGCCGUCCUGCCGGCGACCCACGAGCUGCAUCCGCUCAAGCUGUCGAAAGCGUGUCCAGACAUCUGUCCGGUCCAGUCCUCCGACGACGAUACGUUGCCCGCGUUCGAAUCGCAGUGGGAGCGGAUGGAGGUGCUCGUGGACGAGAGCUGUCAGGCCGUGGAGAUCGAGCAAAUCUUCGAGCGCGUCACCUCCCAGUUCCGCCGCUGCUUUCCCCCGCCUGCACAAGACUCAGGCGGCCCACUCGAGCUGUCCCCGCUCUCGAUCUGGCCCAGUCUGCCGACCUACACUGUCCACGACCUGCGCACAGUGUCCGUCGGUAAGCCGGGAUCGGGACCAUUAAGCGAGCCGAACGCAUUCGAGGAGCACUGUCCCGACUGCGGCUCAGCGUUGGACUCCUCGGCGGCGAUCGAGGUUGGCCACACGUUCUAUCUGGGCACGAAGUACUCGGAUGCGCUCGGUCUGCGGGUCGGCGGGGAUGGAGGACCGGCCAAGCGGGCGGUGGAGAUGGGCUGCUUUGGGAUCGGGAUCAGCCGCCUAGUGGGUGCGAUCGGCCUAUGCAACCGUCCCGCCCGACCCGACGGCGCUGCUGGCCUACGAUGGCCGCUCUCGGUGGCUCCGUUCAAGGUCUGCAUCAUCAUCCCGGGCGGCCCGGAUGCAGCUCGGACGCUCGCUACGGCCAACCAGUUGGCCCGCUUGCUCGACCAGGCCGGGAUCAGAGACGACGUCCUGAUCGACGAUCGCGAGCAGCGCAUCGGAUGGAAACUCGCUGAUGCCGAGCUGGUCGGGUAUCCCAUCCUCAUCAUCCUCGGCAAUCGCUGGCACACCCUCCGUCAAGUCGAGAUCCGUAACCUCCUCUCCGCUUCCUCCCUCUCCAUUCACACCGACCCUUGCUACUCCCUCUCCGCUCAAGCUAAGGGCGAUCAAUACACCACUGAUCUUAGUCCUGUCGUCUCUCAAACCCUGGCAGAGAUCCAGAAACUCACCCCGUCCGUCUCUUAA